UCCCGGAGCGCUUGAAAGCGGGUGGCGGCGGCGGCGGCGGCGGAAACAAAGAGCCUUUCGCCUCAGUUCCCUCCGUCUCGGCCGCUGACUUCGCUUCCGGAAUCUCUUGGAAAGGAGGAAGACCACAGGGGCCGCUGGGCAGGAUCAAGGCACUUGAAACUUACAUCAUAUGAGUCAGUUAUGUGAGCAGUUCAGGAAUGGAUGAAACUGCCGAUUGUAUGAAGAUGGAGGCUGGAGACUAUGGGUUAGCUAAUCACACUUCUGUGUUCAAGACUCUUCCUCUACAGCAGAACGCUCUCUCAGGAGAUCAGCUUCCAUUGUCUGGCAACAAGUUUUCAUCAAACAAGUUUGAUCAUCUGGAGAGGCCUUUUACUUGUCCGACUGGAAAUACUUCCUGCAGUUUCGGCUACUAUUCAGGGCCUCCAUCCCCUGAGAGGUAUCAAGCAGCAGGAGUGCAAAGCCCAUUUGGAACAAGUGCUAAUGGGCAGUGGAGGAAUUGUGAUUCUGCUCUGGGUCCUGUUUUACAGAAGCCUAGAGCAAACCGCAGCGUAUAUUUUGAUGCACGCAAAAGUCAAAGCGCGACAGCAAAUUCAUUUGCAGGGAAAUCAAAUCACCAUUGCCAUAUUUCUGCAUUUGAAAAAUCCUUUCCAAUUAAGUCUGUUACUAGUCCAUCAUGGAGUGCUCCAUGUCGUCGGAGCUUACUAAGUCCCAAGAAAUCCCAAAGGAGAUCCAUCAGCACCGCAGAAGAGACAGUUCGAGAGGAAGAAAAAGAGAUUUACAGGCAACUGAUUCAGAUGGUUACAGGGAAGAAAUGCUCAGUCUCAAAGUCCUCUUCGUUGUUGUCUCUCAACCUACCCAGAUGCGCAGGUUCCAAUAAAAACCUUGUGAAAGAAGCUGAAAAUCGUAGUAGGAAACCUUUUGAAGCUUAUUGCCCCACCACAGGCAACCAAUCACCUGGUGUUCUCAGGACUCAGGAGCAACAUUCUCAUAAACCACUGCCACAUCCAGUCCAUAAUUUCCCUUCACGUGUUACCUUUGAGCCCAAGGACGCCAGUACACCAGCUCGGCAAAAUAGUGUGUCGGCAUUGGAUGUGCAUGCUGAAGGAUCUGACUCUGUCGUAAUGCUCAAUGGCCAAGACUUCAAAUCUCCAGCACCAAGCACACCUUUCUUUGAGGCUGAAUUGUGGAUCAAAGAAUUAACCAGCGUAUAUGAUUCCCGAGCCCGCGAGAGAUGGCGACAGAUAGAAGAGCAAAAAGCUUUGGCAUUGCAGUUGCAGAAGCAGAGGCUGCAGAAACAGGAGUUUUCGGUACCUGAUUCAGUCAACUUACAUUUGCGAGUACCUCUCGAGAAGGAGAUUCCUGUCACGAUUGUGCCAGAAGAAAAAAAGACCACUGAUGGGGAGGAAGAGUUCCCUGAAAUUACAGAGGAAAUGGAGAGGGAAAUAAAGAGUGUACUACGAAGCGGGAACCAGGAUGAGGUGCUGAGCGAAGCCUUCCGGUUGACAAUAACUAGGAAAGAUAUUCAGACGCUUAACCAUCUCAAUUGGCUCAAUGAUGAGAUAAUUAACUUCUACAUGAAUAUGCUAAUGGAAAGAAGUAAACAGAGGGGCUUUCCAACGGUUCAUGCAUUCAACACAUUUUUCUUCACCAAGUUAAAAACUGCUGGGUACCAAGCUGUGAAGCGUUGGACUAAAAAAGUGGACGUAUUUUCUGUUGACAUCCUGCUGGUUCCUAUUCACCUUGGUGUCCACUGGUGCCUAGCAGUUAUUGACUUCAGGAAAAAAAGCAUCACCUACUACGAUUCAAUGGGAGGAACCAACACUGAAGCUUGCAAGAUAUUGUUGCAGUACCUAAAGCAGGAAAGCUUGGACAAAAAGCGGAAGGAAUUUGAUACCAAUGGCUGGGUGCAGCAGAGUAAACGGAGCCAGGAGAUCCCUCAACAGAUGAAUGGAAGUGACUGUGGGAUGUUUGCCUGUAAAUAUGCUGACUGCAUUACCAAAGACAAACCCAUCAAUUUCACUCAGCAACAUAUGCCUUACUUCCGAAAACGGAUGGUCUGGGAGAUCCUCCAUCGCAAGCUGCUGUGAUUUCAUGCAAAAUGCAGGACCCUUCAGAGACUGCAAACCAGGCUAUUGCCCUUCUUGGCCAUUUCCGAAGUGGGCUGCAUGGGUUUCCUGCUGAAGCUUAAAGACUGUGUACAAUACAUUCUGUUUGGUUUUCUUUCUUUUUUUAAUAAAAAAAUUAAUGAAUUCUAUUUCGCAGAGCAGUGUGCCAUGGAACUAUUUCAGAAGCACACUUGCCUUUUUCUAUCUUGGAACCCUGUUUUUUUUUACAAGUGACAUUUGGAGAUGCUGAGGAGUACUGACUUUCACCUUCAGUGAAUUUUCCUCUUUUUACAGUCUCAGUCCUUUCGAAAUGGCCAGCUUCUGCAAACAACUUGAAACCUUCCAGGCUUCAACUGUGUGGGGGCAUUUGUACUAUUGUAUUGCAUUUACCAAGACAUUUAGAAAAAUGGCUUUCAUGGCAUUCAGUAAGGGCAGUGCUACAUGUUACAAUUACUGCAGGUGGUCUUCUGCAGCAAAUAAAGUCAUGUGGAAGUACAACAUGCAUGUACAUAUGUGUCUGGGGAAACCUGAUUGUAUAUAUGUGUGUGUUUGUUUCUGUAAGUUGCAGAAGAGAACAUGGCUAUCCCCACAGCAGUCAUGACGUGUUGCAUUGCCCUUAGUUCUCCGGUUAUUAGGUGGAAAUAAAAUUGCCUGAGAAUGGAAGCUCUGAUAGACACCAGCACAUGAGAAGCAGCUUGCUACAUUUUCCAUCAUGACUGUGACCUUCUCUUCAGUUCUAUAGGAUGAGAUGGUAAAUGAAAGAUAAACAAUGCCUUUUCUUUGAUGCUCGAGCAGAGGAUCUUCCUAGCAUUUAAAAUCUAUUUCUUCUAGUGAAUUCUCUUCUAACUCAAAAUCCAGAGGCAGCUGCCCACCUGUUGGAAAGAUGAGUCAUGUGUUGGCAGAGGCAUCCUGCACUGAGAGCCUUCAUUUUAGGUGCCUCCUCUAUGACCUCUCACAGUCAGGCUGUGUGGAUGGAAUCUGAUGCAGAGAGAAAGGGUAGAGCUCUGGGUUGUGACACACUUCUGGGGCCUUGGGCCCAAAUGCCUGGAAUCAGACCCUAUAAAAGCCAGCAUCUCUCCCCAUUGAGCUAUUAUCCGAAUCUAAGGAAAUCCUGACAUUAGGAAGGACUGUUACAUUGCAUUCUUGAUACAGAAUAGGAUUUGCAAGCCAACUAAGCAGCUACAUGCUGAAUGGAAUGCUUAUCUGA